AUGGCGACAGGUGAGUCAGCUCUUCUUCUCUCGGACGCAUCCAACAGCACCAGUAUUAAUCCAUUUGAUACACACUGCCACAAUGACCGCAAGCGACGACUCGCAAUUCAAACACGUACCAAGUUGUUUCUCCGUGGCAAGAGCGGUGUUGAACCCAUCUUGGGUCCGCCCUCUUCUAGCAGGAACAAGACGCUCAAGAUUGAGCGCGAUGACAAUUUUGCAGCUGUAGGCUUUGCUGAUCUCUUGGAGCUCACCAACGAUGGCAAGCUUCUCGUGCUCGUGCGCACUGCAUCCGGUUUUAAAUUGCACGACUCGGACAGUGGUGCUGUCGUCGUAAACAUGGCCAAUCCAGGCAUUCAAGCAGUGGCCUGGUCGCCACUCGGCUCGCACUUGUUGACAUGGCAGCGCCCCCAGAAAGAAUCAGACCUCGGUAAUCUCGUUGCGUGGGGUAAGCGCGCACGGGCCAACAAGUCGCACGAUUUGAGCAAAAGUCCUAUACACGUGAUAAAUGCGGUCGCGACGUCGCAGCGGGACCGAUCGGUCAAUCAACCUCCCCAGAAGAAGGGCAAGCCUGCUAGUGUCACGAUUUUCCAAUUUACCAACCUUGAUGUGUCGACAGCAACGAAGAGCUUUUACAAAGCACAGGACGCAAGUCCUACUACGGUGAAACAGGUCUCUUUUUUCCUGCAGAGCGACGGCGAGUAUGACUGCAUUGUCCCGCUAACGAAAGAAGGCACAGUGCACGAUGUGGCGUGGGACCCGACGGGCCGCGGGUUUGUGGUGAUCACGGGUGCAAUGCCUGCGAAUGCCACGCUUUACGACAGCAAGGCGAUCCCAGUCUUUGAGUUUGCUGCAGCGCCCCGUAAUCACGUCAGCUGGAACCCGCACGGUCGCUUCUUGUGUCUGGCUGGCUUUGGAAAUCUUCGUGGUGACAUGGACUUUUUGGAGCGCAACAAGGUCAAAAAGAUGGGCUCUGCAACGUUAAACUCCGCGACGACAUUCGCGUGGUCGCCGGACAGCCGCUACUUUGCAGUGGCGACUACGUUCCCGCGUCUGCGUGUCGACAACGGCUAUAAAAUUUUCCGCUAA